AUGCUCUUCAAGGUUACUGCGAUCAUCGUUGCGCUGCUAGAAGGAAAGGCAGAAUCAGCGUGUUCAAUUAGAGAUUUUAAUAAAUGGCCUCAACUUGAGGAUUUCUUAAAAGCCCAGUUUGGCGAUAAGAAACAUUAUGCAUAUCUUUUGGCAGACUUACAAGACUGUAAACAGUCCACGAAUGAAACUAUCAGCCAAUACUCCCUGAAGGUGGAGUCAUGCCUUUCAAAACUAUUGGCUGAAAUAAACAUAUCAAUACCCACGAAAAAAAAGGAUGAACUCGUAGGUCGCGUAGCAGCAAUGCAAGAUUUAGCAUUAAACAUUUUCACAACCGGCCUUCAGCCACAACUCUCCACAAUAGUGAGAUGCAAGGACCCAUCGACGCUUUCGGAAGCAAUUGCUUUCGCGAUAGCAGAAGAAAAGAUAUUGGGUAUGACAAAUAAAAAACAUAACAACAUACCACGUCCUAAUUCAACACCUAAUCGUUUCUCGAGACCAAACUUUUCCUCAAAUAAUACUGCAAAUGUAAUAACUUGUAGAUAUUGCAAAAACAUGGGUCAUAGUAUAGAAAAUUGCCGUAAAAGACAAUAUAAUAACAGCCGAAACCCUAAUCGUAAUCCUAACUCUAAUCAAAAUCGCAAUCAAAACUUUACUCAGAAUCGCGCACAACAUAUUGACACACAUUUUAAUUACCAGGAUAAUAGUGACGAAUAUAUCUCCCAAGGUAAUUUAAACUAAAUCGGUUUCCCGAAUGGUAUCGCCCGGGAAAUAAAAAUAAUAAUUUCAAAGCCGAUACCAAAUUUAUUAACGCUGUAUCCACUGAAUCCUCUGUACCACACAGAAACGCUGUAUCCACUGCAUCAUAUAAAAACACUGUUUCCUCUGCAUCAUAUAAUAACACUACAUCCACUGAAUCCUUUGUAUCACGUAAAAACACUGUAUCCUCUACAUCAUAUAAAAAAGCUACAUCCGCCGUAUCCACUGCAUCACGUAAAAACACUGUAUCCACUGAAUCCUCUGCAUCACGUAAAAACGCUGUAUCCUCUGCAUCAUACAAUAACAGUACAUCCGCCGUAUCCUCUGCAUCAUAUAGUAAGACCGUAUUCACUGAACCCUCUGUAUCGCGAAGAAAUGCUAUAUCCUCUGCAUCCUCUGUAUCCACUGUAUCCACUGCAUCCUCUGUAUCCACUGUAUCCACUGCAUCCUCUGUAUCCACUGUAUCCACUGCAUCCUCUGUAUCCACUGUAUCCACUGCAUCCUCUGUAUCCACUGUAUCCACUGUAUCCACUGCAUCCUCUGUAUCCUCUACAUUAUGUAGAAACACUGCAACCUCUAGAUCCACUGCAACCUCUAGAUCCACUGCAUCCUCUGUAUCCACUGUAUCCACUGCAUCCUCUAUAUCCUCUACAUUAUGUAGAAACACUGCAACCUCUAGAUCCACUGCAUCCUCUGUAUCCUCUGUUUCCUCUACAUCCGUUGAACCCACUGUGUCCACUGUAUCCUCUUUAUCCACAGUUCCCAAAACUCUCGCAUUCACCGUAUCAACUACGUCAACCAUUUCUAAACCUAUAAUGAGCACUAUGCCCACUGGUUCACUAUUAUCAAAUGAUCUUCCUGAAAAAAUAUAUAAAAUCAAUACGAAUUCUAAAAGAUAUUUACCUUGUGUUGUAUUACGAACCUCUAAAUCCUAUCAACCUAUAAAUCUCUUAGUAGACACUGGAUCCUCUAUAUGUUUGCUUAAGCGCUCGUGCCUAUCUCAGAUUCAAACAAUUAAUAAAAAUAACAUAGUUACUAUUAAAGGAGUAGAUAUUAAGGAUGAACCAAUCCGUAGUCUCGGUACUACAAAUCUCGAGUUUCAGGUAGAUAAACUUGCUAUUUCUUACGAGUUUCAUAUUGUUGAGGAAAUAUGUCUUCAAUAUGACGGCAUACUAGGCAAUGACUUCUUUACAACUUUCGACAUGAAAAUUAAUUAUAAAACAGGACACUUAGAA